CUCCCCUGCGCCGUUCUUGAGGGCCUGGGAGCCUUUCCAAGGCCUCUUUAUUAGCGCUGCCCGUGAUGUGGGUUAACUUAUUUUGGGUUAUAGGGUUUGAUUCCACAAAACACCUGCAGUUGCGGCUUGGGCAGGGAUCCGGCAGGGAACACGGGGAGCUCCCCGCAGGGAAACGCACGCUCACCUUGAGAGGGGUCUCGGUUCCCCGUGGCCUCUCCACGAUCCUGGGGGGCUCCUACCAGGUCUGCUCCAACCAGGAGAUGCCACCAUCAUGUGGUGCCACUGUCCUCAGCCCCACGUGGGACUCUGGUCCCUGCCAGGCGUCUCCCUGUCGUGUGGCCUUGAUUGGAUUAAAGUCUGUGUGUUAUCACCCACCCCGGCUCCCGGGUUCAUAAAGUCACACUGCGUAAGAGCUGACAACGCCGGCGGCUGCCUCUGCUGCCCAUUCCUGUCCGGCACCAUGGCCACUAAUUCCAUCUUAAAGAAGACUCGGGCUCUGCUCCGCAUCCGGAACCAACUGGCGCGGGAAUGCCUGGCCGAGCUGCUUGCCGUCUUCGUGCUCAUCCUGAUUCUACCGCUGGCUGUUGGAGCGGACUCAGCAUGGGGCCAUGGUGGAACCAUGUCCUUCUCCUCCAGCUGAUCACACUGGGCGGCUCGGCACAGAUGCUCACCAGCUCCGGAACAAAGGGGAACAUCCUCACUGCCAACCUGGCAGGUGCCUUGGCCGUCAUGGUGGCCAUCUACACAGCAGGAGGGGUCUCCGGAGCCCACCUCAACCCGGCGUUCUCCCUUGCCAUGUGCCUGGUGGAGCAGUUGCCCUGGUGGAAGUUCCCCAUCUUUGUGACUGUGCAGACCUUGGCAGCUUUCAUCUCCGCCGGAGCUGUCUAUGCCCUUUACUCCGAUGCCAUCCAGCACUACAGCAACGGGACCCUCACCGUAUCCGGCCCCCGAGAAACCGCAUCCAUCUUUGCCACCUACCCUGCUGACUACCUUUCCAUCUCCAACGGCUUCUUGGACCAGGUUAUGGGCACGGCGGUGUUGAUCCUGGGGAUCCAGGCCAUCGUGGAUACGCAGAAUAAGGGCAUUCCCAAGGGGCUGGAACCGGUGGCUGUGGCUCUUCUGGUCUUCUCCAUUGAAGUUUCCAUGGGCUCCAACUGUGGUUGCCCCAUGAAUCCAGCACGGGAUUUUGGGCCCCGGCUCUUCACCUACGUGGGCGGAUGGGGAGCUGAGGUGUUCAGCAGGGGCAAUGGGUGGUGGUGGGUACCAGUGGUGGCCCCGCUGGUGGGAGCCACGCUUGGCUCGGUCCUCUACCAGCUCCUCGUGGCUUUCCACCACCCUGAGGAGGAGGACAAGCCCCCGGACACGCACAACGCUCUGGUCCUCGUCAGCUCUGCCAUCCCACCAGACAUCACGGGGUCACCCAUGGAGAAAGACGCCAAGAGGGUUCUGGCCCAGAAGAUGUGACACCAGAGACCCCCAGCCACCACAGUCACUUCCAGCACAUUGAGUUGGGGGGCAGAGCCCGCUCCGCGUUCCCUAUUGCUCAAUUAAACCAGCCCUGAGGUCCUGGAGCAGCUGUGUCUGCAGACGGGGGUGCAGCAGCUCCUGGGAGGGGGACCCUGGGCAGUGUGAGCUACCCCUUUGGGACCCCUGGGGCUCUUCCUGGGACCCCCCCCCAGAACCACCCUGGUCCCCAGACACUCCUGGGAGUGUCAUUGCAACACCCACAGAUAACCCCGAGACCCUCAGGUCUAACCCUGGGGCCACCCCUCCGGGAUCUUGAAUCCCACAUCUUGAAUCCUGGGUUCAGUUUUGGGUCAUCCACUCCAAGAAAGACCUUGAGGGGCUGGAGCACAUCUGGAGAUGGGAACGGAGCUGGGAAGGGGCUGGAAAACAGGGGUUGUGGGACCAGCUGGGGGUGUUUAGUGUGGAGAAGAGGAGGCUGAGGGUAAACCUCAUGGCUCUGUGCAGCUUCUGGGAAGGAGGUUGGAGUGAGGCGGGUGCUGAGCUCUGCUCCCAAGGAACAAGUGAUGGGACGAGAGGAAAAAUCCUCACAUUGCACCAGAGGAGGCUGAGAUUGGAUAAUGGGAAAGGUUCCUUCACUGAAAGGCCUCUCGGGCUCUGGCAGAGGCCGCACAGGGCAAUGGUGGAGCCCCAUCCACCACUAGAGGGCUCUAAAAGCGGUCUGGAUGAGGUGCUCAGAGAUGGGGCAGUGGUGCACACGGGCAUUUGGACUCCAUCAUCUCAAAGCUCCUUCCCAAUCCAAACCCUUCCAGGAUGAUUCCAUCCUCCACCACAGGCCCGACGCGCGGCCUUCCCCCCC